AUGGCGGGAAUCAAUCGCGCCUUUAACCCCCGCCGGGCCUCUCCAACCUCCAUUGGCUUGGAUCAGGCUACUCUACACUCAACCAAGGGGGCCGAGACUGUGACGAUCAAGCACCAUGAAAGUCAACAAGGAAACACAAACGCAAAACAGUAG